AGACAUUGGGUAGCUUCAUCUUCUUAGGUUCUUCUAAAACCCUUUCUUCAACAGAUUUUUCAUAUUCUCUUAUACAGAAUAUGAAAAAGCUGGUAUCUUUUUCAUGUUCAGAAUGCAGUGUUGUCUUGAUCUUCAUGUUUAUCUCUGUGUAUUCAAGUAUUGUACAGACAGAAGGAUUUGAGUCUUUCCUACAGCUCCCGAAUAAUGGGUCAUGGAGAACCCGAUCCAGAUACAAAAGGGUCCUCUUUGUUGGUGAUUUUGGUGCCAGAGGAGAUGGUCUCAGCGAUGACACGGAGGCUUUUGAAAAUACAUGGAAGAUAGCAUGUUCUUUCCGAGCAUGGACAAGGAUCAUGAUACCAGGAGGGUAUACUUAUUUAGUACAUCCUGUUGAUCUUUCUGGACCAUGCAAAUCGAGGGUUACUUUGACUAUCUCUGGUACUAUUGUUGCUCCUAAAGAUCCUGAAGCCUGGAAUGGUCUAAAUCCUCGUAAAUGGCUCUACUUCCAUGGGGUGAACCACCUUACUGUUGAAGGGGGCGGGACAAUUAAUGGGAUGGGUCAGGAGUGGUGGGCUCGCUCCUGCAAAAUCAACCCAAAAAAUCCAUGUAAGCAUGCUCCAACGGCUCUGACUUUCCAUAGGUGCAAAGUUUUGAAGAUUUACAAUCUUAUGAUAAUAAAUAGCCAACAAAUGCACAUUGCAUUUACUAAAUGCCUUCGGGUUAUAACAACCAAUCUCAAGGUGAUAGCACCUGCUACUAGCCCUAAUACUGAUGGAAUUCAUAUCAGUGCAUCCCGUGGUGUUGAGGUGAAGAAUAGCCUUGUCAGAACGGGAGAUGACUGCAUCUCUAUAGUCAACAAUUCUUCACGGAUUCGAAUAACAAGCAUUUCCUGUGGGCCAGGCCACGGUAUAAGCAUUGGAAGCUUGGGAAAAUCGAAGUCAUGGGCACAGGUGCAUAAUGUCAUGAUUGAUGGAGCAUUACUCUCCAACACUGAGAAUGGAGUUCGCAUCAAAACAUGGCAGGGAGGUGGUGGUUAUGCUGCAAAUAUCAAGUUUCAAAAUGUGUUGAUGGAAAAUGUAUCAAAUCCAAUCAUUAUAGAUCAAUAUUACUGUGAUGCAUGGUUUCCGUGUGCUAACCAGGUUUGAGUCUUAGCUUAGCCACAGUUUUGAUCCUCUUCUAGCAUGAUAAGUUUGCCACUACACCACAGUUUUUAUUCAUCGGCAUGGAAUGGAGCAUCUGUGCUGAGUACAGAUCUAAACAACUAGAGUAAAGAAAUUAUUGCCUGUUAUCCUUUUCUGCUACUAUACCAUUCUCAAAAGAACUCAUCAUCUAUUACUGAUGGACUGCAGAGUACGGCUGUUAAAGUUGAAAAUGUAUCCUUUGUGCAUAUCAAGGGAAGUUCAGCUACAGAAGAGGCAAUGAGAUUUGCUUGUAGUGACACCUCACCCUGUGAAGAUUUAUACUUGGAAGACAUUGAUCUUGUCUCAUACAGGGGGAUAACAAAAUCCUUCUGUUGGGAAGCUUAUGGUUCAAGUUCAGGCCUUGUGCACCCCACUCCAUGCCUCACACUAAAUGACAGGUUCAUCAAGGAGAAAAUUCCACCCAACUCUGCUAUAGAUUCCUUCUGAGGGUAUGUUCUGCAUUUUUUUCUUUUUUUCUUUUUUUAUCAAUCAAGCGAAGCACGGAGAUUAUUCCCUGGGUGCAGGAGGACCUCACUUCUCUUGACUACUAACUGGCAAUUAAUGAAGCUGACAGAUACCAAUAUUUCUUAACAAAGAAAUUAUUCUGCAUUUAUAUAUUUAACACAUUUCUCCUUAGGUUAUGCCAUUAAGUUUCCUGUUGAAAUGAAUACAUUUCUGUUGGAAUUGUAAUCUAAACUGGAUACAAUCUUG